AUGAUGUUAACCCAGAAUGUCCGGACCAUAGACGAUUUUCAGUACGCUUGUUACUUGGGUUCCCCUGUCCAUCUUGUGGAACAAAGUGAAAUUCGAAACAACUUGAAUGGAGGUACAAACCAUUGGUGGACAUAUCGCCAUCCCUACCUGCACGAUCGAACUGGUCCCAAUAGCUUUCAAACACAUUAUCAAGUAAAUAGAAAGAUAUUUAAUGUGAUUGUGAAUGUUCUCAGACGAGACUUUGAGUACCAAGCCUCUGAGGAAAGGAGCGAGGUCAGCCACCCCGUGUGGAAGCAGAUUGCUGUUGUUCUUUGGCAUUUGAGCAAUACGCACUUUGGGUACAGAAUAGCACUAGAGCUGUUAAUAGUGAGCCAUAGAUCCUACAGCCGCUUUAUCAAUAGAUUUGUAAAUGACAUGAUUCAAUCCUUUUUGAAGACAACAAUAAGAUGGCCAGCAACACUUGAGGAAAGUCAAAAAAUUAUGGAUAGAUUUGCUGUUCCUUCAGUCCAAUCAGAAUAUCAGCACCUUAAUGAAUGCAUCAGCGCUGUGAAUGGGAAGCUAAUUGUAAUUCAAAAGCCAUCCUUAUUUGGUAACAGCUGGUUGGAUCAUCACAGCAACACCUCUAUGGCUCUUAUGGCUGUAUGUGAUCACAAAAAAAGAUUUACAGAUAUAAGAGUUGGAUUGGCCAGAAGCCAAAACAAUACAUUUAUCUUCAAGACUAGUAAUUUAUAUCAAAAUAUAAUUCACAGUCCUAGAGAGCUGUUUUGUGAUCUAAGAUCAUACAUUGUUGGAAACUAUGCUUUUCCUAUCUUAAAGCAUUGUUUUAUUCCUUAUUGUAGAGUCAAUGACAUGAUGGUAAAGGAGAAAAAGUUUAAUAAUAUCACACCAAGAGAAAUUCUUGUAUAA